AUGCAGCUGUCUCCUCAUGCCGCUGUCUCACCUUCUCGCCAGGUGGGGAUCGUGGGCAGAUCGGGGGCCGGGAAGUCCUCCCUCAUGCUGGGACUCUUCCGCAUCGUCGAGAAGGCGAGCGGGAGGAUCGCGAUCGACGGCGUGGACAUCGGCCGGAUCGGCCUCCACGAUCUGCGCUCGCGCCUCACGAUAAUUCCCCAGGACCCUGUGCUGUUCUCUGGGAGCCUCCGCUCCAACCUGGAUCCUUUCGAGAAGCAUUCGGACGAGGAGGUGUGGAGGGCGCUGGAGCUGUCGCACCUCAAAGCCUUCGUGAAGGGACUCCCGCAGGGCCUUCAGAAUCCCGUUGCAGAAGGAGGACAGAAUUUCAGCGUCGGCCAGAGGCAACUGGUCUGCCUCGCCAGGGCGCUCUUGAGGAAGACCAGAAUCCUUCUCCUGGAUGAGGCAACGGCCGCGGUCGAUCUGGAGACGGACGAACUCAUCCAGGAAACGAUUCGGAGGGAAUUCCGGAACUGCACGGUCCUCACGAUCGCGCACCGGAUCAACACCGUCCUGGAUUACGACAAGGUCCUGGUCCUGGACGGCGGAGAAACGCGGGAAUUCGGCUCGCCGGCGGGCCUGCUCCGGGAUUCGCGGUCCGCGUUCGCGGCGCUGGCGCGGGACGCCCGCGUCCCGUGAUUCUCGUUUAUAAAUUUAUAAUUAAAUAAAUAUGAUAAUUUUUU